GAAAGGGAUACCUUGUGUGAUAACUGCGUUGAACAGUUCUGAUGGGCUUGCUAGAACUGUUGAGCACCGUUGGUGACCCAUCUAGCGUUGUGGGUCCUGGUUCUUUCUUAGAGAUGACUAUGACCUGGUUGUCUGGGUCCCCUUCUACUCUCUGCGAAGUUCUGAGUCAGCACUAUGCAAAAGCUGAGACUGAGUACCGUGAGUCUGCCUCUGGCGUGGCUGUCUCUGAUGGGGUCAUCAAAGUGUUCAACGACAUGAAGGUGCGUAAGUCGUCGACACCAGAGGAGGUGAAGAAGCGCAAGAAGGCGGUGCUCUUCUGCCUGAGCGAGGACAAGAAGAACAUUGUCCUGGAGGAGGGCAAGGAGAUCCUGGUAGGUGAUGUGGGCCAGACUGUAGAUGACCCCUACACCACCUUUGUCAAGAUGCUGCCAGGCGAGGACUGCCGCUACGCCCUCUAUGACGCAACCUAUGAGACCAAGGAGAGCAAGAAGGAGGACCUGGUGUUCAUCUUCUGGGCCCCUGAGUCUGCACCCCUCAAGAGCAAAAUGAUCUAUGCCAGCUCCAAGGACGCCAUCAAGAAGAAGCUGACGGGGAUCAAACAUGAAUUGCAAGCAAACUCCUACGAGGAGGUCAAGGACCGCUGCACCCUGGCAGAGAAGCUGGGGGGCAGCACCGUCAUCUCUCUGGAGGGCAAGCCUUUGUGAGCCCCCUCCAGCCCCCUGCCUGGAGCAUCUGGCAGCCCCAGACCUGCCCAUGGGGGUUGCAGGCUGCCCCCUUCCUGCCAGACCGGAGGGGCUGGGGGGAAUCCCAGCAGGGGGAGGGCAGUCCCUUCACCCCAGUUGCCAAACAGCCCCCCCACCCCCUGGACCUUCCUCCUCCUCCUUCCUCCAUCCCUGACGGUUCUGGCCUUCCCAAACCGCUUUUGAUCUUCUGAUUCCUCUUGGGUUGAAACAGACCAAGUUCCCCCCAGGAACCCCUGUUUGGGGGGGACCUGUAUUUUUUUUAACGACACCCCAGUUCCCUCCUUGUUCCUCCCUUUUCCCAUGCUGCCAACUUCUAACCGCAAUAGUGACUCUGUGCUUGUCUGUUUAGUUCUGUGUAUAAAUGGAAUGUUGUGGAGAUGACCCCUCCCUGCGCCGCCUGGUUCCCCUCUCCCUUGCCCCUGGUCAUAGCCACUCAUGGAAGCAGGACCAGUAAGCGACCCUCAAUUAAAAACAUAAAAAACAAAAAAAACCACAACAAUAAAAAGGCUCACUAAUGGGA